AAAUAACUACUGGAAUUCCACCAUUCGAUGGUUAUUUAUUUAAUAAUGAUUUAGCGAUAAAAAUUUGUCGUGGGUUAAGACCAGAAUUUGCACCAGGAACACCCGAUUGUUAUAUCCAAUUAGCAGAAUUAUGUAUGCAUCCAAACUCUCAGAAGCGGCCUACCGCAAGAAGUCUUUUUGAUCAACUCAAAAAAUGGUAUGAAAUUUUGAAUGAAGUUGAUCAGGAUCAGGAUGAG